CUUCUGCUUUUGUUUGGAAGGAAAGUGAGUUUUCCCCACUGGCAGAGAAACAUCUCAUUGUUUUCUCUCUAGUUGAGCAUGUGAAAAGGUUGAAGAUGUCUAACUGCACUCUAAACAUCAGCGCUGGCAUCCAGAGCCUUCAGCUCGCCUCUCUGAUUCCCACCUUCAUCCUCGGGGUCCUGGGAAACAUAUACGUCCUAGUGAUGUUCUGCCGGCGUCCCAGAGCGGACUGGACUUACAUGAACAUCUACAUCACCAACAUGGCCAUCGCCGACUGCGUUCUGCUGGUGCUUCUUCCCAUCCGCAUCGUGUCCUACUAUGAAAACACAUGGGAACUCUGGGACCACAGCAAUAAAGAGCUGUGUUACGUACUUGUGUCGGUUUAUUACGUCAACAUGUACGUGAGCAUCUUCACCGUCACCGCGAUAAGUGUGGUGCGAUACGUGGCCAUCAAGUAUCCCAUGAAAUCCAGGGAUGUUUUAUCACGUAGGAGGGCUCUGGUUGUUUGCGCGCUCAUUUGGUUGGUCACGUGCUCGUUUAGCGCGGCAUUUCAUCGCGUCGACGAUCCGAAGCAUAACAACACGAUCAAAUGCUUUCAGAAGAAUAAAGAAGAGGAAUUACCGCUGGUGUUUAUUCUCGUGCUGGACAUCGUCGGGUUCCUCGUGCCGUUCCUCAUAAUGCUGUUUUGCUCCGUUAGAGUCAUUUACACGUUGAGGAAACAGUUGGAAAUCGGAUCCCGCGGCGAGAAACUCCAGUGCGUGUAUAUCAUCGCGGCGAAUCUGAUUGUGUUCGUCGUGUGUUUUUUCCCCGUUCACUUCGGAUUUUUGUUUAAAUACAUCGCGCAGGCUUAUAAGUACAGUUGUGACGUGCAGUUUUUCGCGCAUAAUUUCGUUCACUUCGCGAUGUGCGUCUCCAGUAUGAACUGUGCUUUGGACUGCUUCAGUUAUUACUUUGCCACAAAAACAUCGUGGAUAUUGUGCUGCGCUAAUAAAACUAGGAAUGAAGAACAUGAAUGUGAUUAUAGGAAGGUUUCACGAUGACUUAGCAUUAUCAAAAUGUGUUUGAAUUAGUAUU